UAAGAAAAUAACCACAUGCAAAAUUCAGGAUUGGCAGUUUCAUGCCAUCAGCAAGAAGGAGAGGAUCAGCAAGGGAUUCCACCUACCCAAGUGGCAAAGAGUCAGCCUGGACCAUAUCAUUAUCCUGGAAGUCAAAGAGCUUUGGCAGCCACAAGAACAUUCACAGUUGGGUCUCCUUCCCUGCUGUCCCAGGGUCUGCCCUCGAGUAUUAGCUCUCCUACUUUCAGGACCCAUUUCCUGGAAAGGCAUACCAUAUGGAGCCCCUGGCUUCCCUAUUCCAUUUGUAACCGAGCCCUAUGCAGGGCCAACCGUGGAGGAGUGACCCAAGCAGGGUCUCACUUCUGGAUGAGCGACAUAUUUAGAUGCUUAAAAUAAUUUUAUAUGUAAGACCACCAAAAUAUUAGAACCAUGCCUCCAAGACCAUCAUCUGGUGAAUUGUGGGGCAUCCAUUUGAUGCCCCCAAGAAUCUUAGUAGAAUGUCUCCUACCUAAUGGAAUGAUAGUGACUUUAGAAUGCCUCCGUGAGGCUACAUUAGUAACUAUUAAACAUGAGCUAUUUAAAGAAGCAAGGAAAUACCCUCUUCACCAGCUCCUUCAGGAUGAAACUUCUUACAUUUUCGUAAGUGUUACUCAAGAAGCAGAAAGAGAAGAAUUUUUUGAUGAAACACGGCGACUUUGUGACCUACGGCUUUUUCAGCCUUUUCUAAAAGUCAUCGAACCUGUAGGCAACCGAGAAGAAAAAAUUCUCAAUCGAGAAAUUGGUUUUGCUAUUGGUAUGCCUGUUUGUGAAUUUGAUAUGGUUAAAGAUCCAGAAGUACAAGACUUCCGAAGAAAUAUUCUUAAUGUCUGUAAAGAAGCUGUGGACCUGAGGGAUGUCCACGCGCCCCAUAGUAGAGCAUUAUAUGUCUAUCCUCCAAAUGUAGAAUCUUCACCAGAAUUGCCAAAGCACAUAUACAAUAAAUUAGAUAAAGGGCAAAUAAUAGUGGUGAUUUGGGUGAUAGUUUCCCCAAACAAUGACAAGCAGAAGUACACUUUAAAAAUCAAUCAUGACUGUGUACCAGAACAUGUGAUCGCUGAAGCAAUCCGGAAAAAAACACGGAGUAUGUUGCUGUCAUCUGAGCAGCUGAAGCUCUGUGUUUUAGAGUAUCAGGGAAAAUACAUUUUAAAAGUGUGUGGAUGUGAUGAGUAUUUGCUAGAAAAAUAUCCUCUUAGCCAAUAUAAGUACAUAAGAAGCUGUAUAAUGCUUGGUCGGAUGCCCAAUCUGAUGCUGAUGGCUAAAGAAAGUCUUUACACCCAGCUACCACUGGACACUUUUACAAUGCCAUCUUAUUCCAGGCGAAUCUCCACAGCCACGCCAUACAUGAAUGGAGAAGCUUCAACCAAAUCCCUUUGGGGCGUAAAUAGUGCACUCCGCAUAAGAAUUCUCUGUGCAACUUAUGUAAAUGUAAAUAUUCGAGACAUUGACAAGAUCUAUGUUCGAACAGGUAUCUGCCAUGGGGGAGAGCCAUUAUGUGACAAUGUGAAUACUCAAAGAGUACCUUGUUCCAAUCCCAGAUGGAAUGAAUGGCUAAUGUAUGAUAUGUACAUUCCUGAUCUUCCACGUGCUGCUCGACUUUGCCUUUCCAUUUGUUCUGUUAAAGGCAGGAAAGGGGCAAAAGAGGAACAUUGCCCAUUGGCUUGGGGAAAUAUCAACCUCUUUGAUUAUACAGACACUUUGGUAUCGGGAAAAAUGGCUUUGAAUCUGUGGCCAGUACCUCAUGGAUUAGAAGAUUUGCUGAAUCCUAUUGGAGUUACUGGGUCAAAUCCCAAUAAGGAAACUCCAUGUUUAGAGCUGGAAUUUGACUGGUUUAGCAAUCCCGUGAAGUUCCCAGAUAUGUCAGUGAUUGAAGAACAUGCUAAUUGGACCGUGUCUCGAGAACUAGGAUUUAACUAUUCCCAUGCUGGGCUGAGUAAUAGGAUAGCUCGAGAUAAUGAAUUAAGAGAAAAUGAUAAAGAACAACUCCGGGCAAUUUGUACACGAGACCCUCUGUCUGAGAUCACUGAGCAAGAAAAGGACUUUCUAUGGAGUCACAGGCAUUAUUGUGUCAAUAUACCAGAAAUUCUACCUAAACUUCUUCUGUCUGUUAAGUGGAAUUCUAGAGAUGAAGUAGCCCAGAUGUAUUGCUUGGUAAAAGAUUGGCCCCCAAUCAAACCAGAACAGGCCAUGGAACUUUUGGACUGUAAUUAUCCAGACCCUAUGGUUCGAGCUUUUGCUGUUCGAUGCUUGGAGAAAUAUUUAACUGAUGACAAACUUUCUCAGUACUUAAUUCAACUAGUUCAGGUUCUGAAGUAUGAACAAUAUUUGGAUAACCUGCUUGUGAGAUUUUUACUCAAGAAAGCACUAACAAAUCAAAGGAUAGGACACUUUUUCUUUUGGCAUUUAAAGUCUGAAAUGCAUAAUAAAACUGUCAGCCAAAGAUUUGGCUUGCUUUUGGAGUCGUACUGCCGAGCAUGUGGGAUGUAUCUAAAACAUUUGAAUCGGCAGGUAGAGGCCAUGGAGAAACUGAUUAACCUCACCGACAUUCUCAAACAGGAGAAGAAGGAUGAGACACAAAAGGUACAGAUGAAGUUCUUGGUUGAGCAAAUGAGACGGCCUGAUUACAUGGAUGCUUUACAAGGCUUUAUCUCUCCCCUUAACCCUGCUCAUCAACUAGGAAAUCUCAGGCUUGAAGAGUGUCGCAUUAUGUCCUCUGCAAAAAGACCACUGUGGUUGAAUUGGGAGAACCCAGACAUCAUGUCAGAGUUACUAUUUCAGAACAAUGAGAUCAUCUUUAAAAAUGGGGAUGACUUACGACAGGAUAUGCUAACCCUUCAGAUCAUUCGAAUUAUGGAAAAUAUCUGGCAAAAUCAAGGUCUUGAUCUUCGGAUGCUACCUUAUGGUUGUCUAUCGAUUGGGGACUGUGUUGGCCUCAUUGAGGUGGUCAGAAAUUCUCACACUAUCAUGCAGAUUCAGUGUAAAGGUGGCCUGAAAGGGGCCUUGCAGUUCAACAGCCAUACGUUACAUCAGUGGCUCAAAGACAAGAAUAAAGGAGAGAUAUAUGAUGCAGCCAUUGAUUUGUUUACACGUUCGUGUGCUGGAUACUGCGUGGCGACCUUCAUUUUGGGAAUUGGUGAUCGCCACAAUAGCAAUAUCAUGGUGAAAGAUGAUGGACAACUAUUUCACAUAGACUUUGGACACUUUUUGGAUCACAAGAAAAAGAAAUUUGGUUAUAAACGAGAGCGUGUGCCCUUCGUCUUGACGCAAGAUUUCUUAAUUGUGAUUAGUAAAGGAGCCCAAGAAUGCACAAAGACAAGAGAAUUUGAGAGAUUUCAGGAAAUGUGCUAUAAGGCUUACUUAGCUAUUCGGCAACAUGCCAAUCUCUUCAUCAAUCUUUUCUCUAUGAUGCUUGGCUCUGGAAUGCCUGAACUGCAGUCUUUUGAUGAUAUCGCAUAUAUUCGAAAGACCCUGGCCUUGGAUAAGACUGAGCAGGAGGCUUUGGAGUAUUUCAUGAAGCAAAUGAAUGAUGCUCACCAUGGUGGCUGGACAACCAAAAUGGACUGGAUUUUCCAUACAAUCAAGCAGCACGCUUUGAACUGAAGCAGGAGCCUCAGGGCUGCUCCACACUGCUCUCACUGUCAGCAGGCCAAGGCUGCUCGUGUAGGAAUCGCACAAACCAUGAACAGCAUUAGGAUCGACAGCAAGAACCGAGAUUAGCUCUUUCUUCUACCAUUGAAACAACGUCAACACAAACAGGGUUUGAUAGCACUAAACUAGUACAUUUCAGAAUUAAGCUUUAGUCUAAUGCGCAAUUUCAUGUUAUGCCUUAAGUCCAAAAAGGUAAACUUCGAAGAUUGUUUGUAUCAUUUUUUUAAAAAAACAAAGGAAAAUAUAUAGAAACUGGUGGUUAAGGAGAGAGAAUAAUGUUCUUUUUGUUUUGCAAAUGUUGUAUGUUUUGAAACACGAAAGCGACAAAGUCUGUCAUAACUUCAAGUCCAAGGAAACCAGAGAGUGGUGUUGAGCUGCAUGAGAAUUGCUAAGAAUGAAAAUCCAUCACUUUUCCAUUGUAGUCAAUUUAUAGUUUGAAGUGAGUUUUUUGACUCCCAGUUCUCAUGAAGAAAAACACUUGGGGUGGAACAGAAUCUUUAAAUUUCAUUAGGGACUUUUUCCUUUUUAAAAAAUCAAACCUUUUGAUGACUUUGGGCCUUAUCUGCAUAGUUUGGGGAGCAAGUAGAAAUGAGACCUUUUAGAAGGUGCUUUUCCUGGACAAGCAUUUACAAGGAUUCAAUUGUUCAUUUCCCAGGGAAAUUCUGAGCUCCUAUGGAAAAUAAACUGCCAUAGAAAAGGAAUGAGAAGGACUAGCUGUCAUGUACCAAAAUCGUGCAGUGUUCACCUUAGGUUUGACAUUUUCCCCACUUUUUGCAAUUGAACUGAAUACAUUUUUCAUGCAUGUUUUCCAGAACCUAGAAGAAAGUAUUAAUGUUAUUAAAAGAUUAUUUUUUAUAAAAGGCUAUUUAUAUUAUAAAAACUAUCAUUAAUAUAUACUCUUUAUUUAGAUUAUCUGUCCCAUAGUCAUGCAUUUAUUUUACAGCCUCAAAUAUUUUGGUAUAAGAUUCAGUCAUCCGUAGUGACAUAAUCAGUCAUUCUCUUGGUCUUUGAGAGAAGCCCAGGCACCCUUCCAUAAUGUACACCGUUGCCCAGGGAUACACCGUUAAAGUUGGCGAAAUAUCCUGCUCAGGACCAUCUCUUUCCUACUUUUCACUUUUAUCCUACUCUUUCUCUCCUACCAAAAGAAAUGCAAUCAGUUUAAAUCAGCUCAGUCAAAUCCAGAUUCUUGUCCUGUUGGCAUUAACCUUCUCCUAAAGUAGAAGCACUUAUAAAGAAAGGAUCCUUCCAAGCAGCAGGGAAAAAGAAGCCAGGACCGUUGUCUCUUUGCAGGCUCUCUGCCUAUAUCUCCUUGUAAAUGGAACCCAAGGUGAUUAAAAUUGGUUCCCACUUGAAUGUGGCCAUAGGCCAUUUUCCAAGUUUCUUAAGUUGCACUUAAUCCCAGGAUAAAUUCAUAAACAUUUGGAAGAAGUGAUUCACCCCCUUUUUUUGGUUGGGAGUUGCAAGAGAAGGGGUUAGGUUGUGAGGACGCUAUCCUCACUAUAGACCUAGCAUUCCACAUGGUAUUUGGAGUAAAUGCCCACGGACCUAGGAAACAGCUUCCGCAGAUGUCUUUGUGCCACAGGGGAAAAAAAAAGUGCAAUAAUGAAGAGGGGCUGGCAAGUGUCUAGAUUAGGCAUGAUAUUGGAAUAUAACUAUAAAAACUGUACAUUAUGUUCUCUGUCUUGGUAAUGAGCUAUUGAAUGGUUUACUUCAUUUAGAAAAAGUUCUUUAAUGAAAUUAGUUACUUACCCUACAGCCUUGGAUCAAGCAAACCAGGGCCUGUAAUGCCAAGAUUCCUAAAACCUAUUUGGCUAUUUUAGGACGCAUAUGGAUAUAGGGUCCCUAGAGUUAGUUGUUGAAGACUUAGGUACUUUAUUAAAGCAUGUAAAUAAUACUGUCUUAGUGAAAGCCACUGAGAAAAAUAAAUUUGGAGUAUUGGGAUAUUCAUUUUUCAUAUUUAUAAUUGACUGUCUCAGAACAAUUCAACAGAUUUUAAACCUUUUGUUGUUAAGUCUUUGGUAACUGUUCUCCUUUGCAGUUAUGAAAGCUUUCAUAGCUAACAGAUUCCAUCUUCUCAUUUGACACAUAACCAUGAUGUGUCUUUACUAAUUGGCACUUGACACAUGCUGCAUUUUCCUUUUUUCAUUAUCAGGGAUUGAUUGUGGAAAACUCUGUGAAAUAGUAAACAUCUGAAACCCUGAUCAGGUUCCUUAAAGUUAUAACAGAGAAUGAUGUUUUUACCCAGAUGUCCCUAAAGCAGUAUUUUAUGAGUCUCCUUGCACAGAAACAAAAUAUUUGCAUUGCCCACAUCAGUACAGAUCACUUUCUAGGGCCCUGGUGAAAAUUUGUGCAUGAAUUACUGCGGCUAAAUUAAUUUAGUUUCAAUUUAUCUGAACUGUGUAGAAGAAUUCAGGAAAAAAAAAGAAAAAAAAAACAGGAGCCAAACUAAGUGACCUGAAAACAAGCUGAAUUGUAAACAGAUCAAAGCAGAAUAGAGCUUAGGAAAAGAAAAGCUGAAAAAGAGAAAGGAGAAAAGGAGGAUUCCAAAAGGACGAGCCAUUGCAGUUUGAAGUAAGCUAAUCGUCAGAUGAUUCCAAUUGAUUUCAGGUCAGAAGUCAUGUAACAGGCUCUAAAAUUACUUAACUGUUGGGAUUGCCUCAAUUCCCAAAACCACCUCUCUGAACCGUUGUAACUGUCAACUUCCAGUAUCAUUGGCUCUCCCAGGAAAUAUUUUCUUGCCUAAUCAUUUGGAGAAAGAGAAAUGGAGCACAUUUUUGAAGAGCAGAAGCCCUAACAUUUAAUACAUCCCAGAAAGAAAUCCAAAAACCUGCUUGACCUUUCAGCAUAGUCUCUUCCUAAAGGGACACACCCAUUUGGAAGGCUGUGAAAUGUGUCUCUAAAUCAGAGAGAAGAUUUUAUUUGACGUUUUACCGUAGAGCUUGUUUCUCUUGGUUCUUAAGUGUCACCUGUAAAAUUGUGUCAAAAAUAAUCAAUUCUGAGAUUUGUCCCAUAAUCAAUUUGUGUUUAUAAGCCCAUUAAGAAAAUGGGGACUGGUGAAUAUGUAAUGAUUUGUAAAAUAUUUUAAUGUAAUUUUUUCAACUGUGAAACUGACUAUUGGUUUUUUGAUGAAAACAGGCUGCUGAUAAAAGUAUUUUUCUGUAAA